UGUGCUGGAGGAGGUGGUAGGGGCGGUGCAGGGGCGCUGUGACGUCUUCAUGGACGGAGGAGUGAGGCGGGGGUCAGACGUAUUGAAGGCUUUAGCUCUGGGGGCCAAGGCAGUCUUCAUCGGCCGCCCCGUGCUGUGGGGGCUCACCUGUCAGGGGGAACAGGGAGUGACAGAGAUCCUGGAACUUUUUAAAGAGGAGCUACGACUGGCUAUGGCUCUCUCAGGUUGUCGCUCUGUAUCUGAGGUCAGCAGGUCUCUGGUCAGGAGAGCAGACUUCACUUCCAGGAUGUAAGAGAUGAACCUGCUGAUGAGGCAAUAUUAUACUGCUAUUUGUCAUAUUAUUAAACUAUUUUUGUAUUCAUCCGUGUUAUUUCAAAUGUAUUGCUACAACUGGUUUGACCUAACCAGUUAAGCCCAAAGCCUGUUUUCCAUGUCUCAGGCUCGAAAAGGACGUUCCCAGAACAAAUGACUAUAUCUUC